AACGCCUGGGACACCUGCCAGCCCGUCACUGGAAAUGAUCCCUUACCAGCUGCAGGGCAGCCCUCCGGUGUCCAGGCGGAAAGAUGACCCAACGGAUGGCAGGAGGGCCGCUGAGCAGGGCAGAGACCCUGCUGCCUCAGGGCACAGCCAGGGGCUGAAAACAGAGCCCUGUUUCCAGAGGGACUCUCUGUUGCCUUCCACUGGUGCGUCCCUCGUGUCACAGCUCCUCAGCCACACGGUGGUUAGCAGGAGCCUGGACCCGUGCACCCUUUUCCCUUCCUCGCAGCCAGUGGGGCUGCCCCAGGGCUACGAGCUCGGUGCGCCUCCUGGAGAAGGAGCACAAGCCCUGGCUCUCACCAGGACCCGUGUCCUGGCUCCUGUGCCCUGUGCUGGUGACAGGGAGCCGCUCUCAGACGAGCACCUCCGAGCCAAGCGGGCCAGGGUGGAGAGCAUCAUCCAAGGCAUGAGCCUCCCUACAACCCCACAAGCCUCCGAUACCGGCAUGGAGGGAGGUGUGGGGCAGGACAGGGAGAAGGGCGGCAAGAUGUCCUGGGAGGGCAAGAGGAAGCCGAGGGUGCCCCAGCAGCAGCGGGGUGUGGGGGUGGCUGGGCAAGGGGCACCCAGAGGGGGCAGCCCCCAUGCUGCGGGGUGCCAGCAGCUGAAGGAGCAGCUCUGCUUUCUGGAGCAGCAGCUGAGGUGGCUUCAGGAGAGGUUCUCCCAGGUGUGUGACCCAGGGGACGCUGCCCAGACCCAGGGAGGUGCUGAGAAGGCACAGCCGCUGGCUGGGAAGGCUGGGGACAGACCGGACAGGGACGGUGCUGCUGCUGCCCGCCAUCCGCACAAAGCUGCUCCCUGGGGGAGCACCCCAGAGGUGGAUGGGCCUGACGGGACGCAGGAGGAUGAGGGGAGAGGCGAUGCAGGCGGCCUGCCCUCGGCAGCCAGGGUCCUCUCACAGGCGCUGAAGCGCGAGCUGGCCGGGGUGACGUCCCGCGUGGUGGACUCUGUCCUCACCAGCGUGUGGCCGAAGGCAGCCGGCCACCUCCUGCAGCAGCACCCGGGGCCGGGGGCGGGUGCCAGGGGAGAGCAUUUUCCUGCUGGGAAAUGCAGAAAACCCCUGACUAAGUCAUCCCCCAUGGGCACGCUGGGCUCACCCCCACCUGAGGCACCAUCACUACCCUCAGGGAAGGGCCUGGGCCCUCACGCCAGCUCCUUCAGCCCCAAAGCAGUCAGAAACCCCCACCAGGCACCCAGUGUGGGUUACACACUGGGCUCAGCCAUCCCGUCAGCACAGGAGAGCCGGCUGCUGGGCCAGCUGCUGGGCUACGGCCACUGGGGGAGCCCCCUUGCCCCACAGAGGCAUCCCCCUGAGGCCCCGGACCCUCACUGGGGUGCCACCAGGCUGCGGCCAUCGGCCGUGAGGCAGCAGCGGUGCCCCCUGCCCCUGGGCCCCGGCGAGGCGGAGGGGGACGGGGUGCCCUUCGCCCCCACCCACGAGGCGCUGACCCCUGGCCACCUGAAGAAGGCCAAGCUGAUGUUCUUCUUCACUCGCUACCCCAGCUCCGCUCUGCUGAGGUCCUACUUCCUCGAUGUGCAGUUCAGCCGCUGCAUCACCUCCCAGCUCAUCAAAUGGUUCAGCAACUUCCGCGAGUUUUACUACAUCCAGGUGGAGAAGUUCGCCCGGCAGGCCCUGCUGGAGGGCGUCGCGGACGCCGGAGCCCUGCGGGUCUCACGGGACUCGGAGCUCUUCCGCGCCCUCAACACGCACUACAACAAGGGGAACGACUUCCAGGUGCCCGGGCGCUUCCUGGAGGUGGCCAGCCUGACGCUGCAGGAGUUCUUCAGCGCCGUCAGGGCGGGCAAGGACGCUGACCCCUCCUGGAAGAAACCCAUUUACAAAAUCAUCUCCAAACUGGACAGCCACAUCCCUGACGUGUUUAAAGCCGUGGGGUGCUCCCAGGAGCUGCUCCACAGUUGAUCCACCAUGCAAGGGGAUUGAGAAGUUUUUGGGUAACCGCUG